AGGCGAGCGCCGCCGCCGAACGCGAGGAGCUCCAGAGGUCCCAGAACGCUACGCGCAGUGAGGCGUCGGAGCUGGACGCCGCCAGGGCGGAGCUGCGGCGCCUCAAGAGCCAGGUCGCCCGCAAAGCCACACACGAGGUACCCCCAGCGCCCGAGGCCCUGGACGCCGACGACGGGGAGGAGAGGGCGGCCGCGGAGGACGCGCUCAGGGAACCAGCCCGAAAAGUCGCCAGGGGGCUUCGGCCGCCGCGAGGCACGUCGACCAGCGGACCGCCGCGGCCGCCACCGAGCGCCCGAGGCCCGCGAGGACCGACAGUGCGCCGCUGCCCCCCCCGCCCGCCGCGGCGACGGCCGAGCCGGCGCGCGGCGACGAGGCCGGGGCUGACGCACAGCGCGCCGCGGACCUGGACGCGCAGCAAGCGCUCGCCGCGGCCCGUGCCCGCCCGCCG